AUGUACCUUGUUCCUUCUUCUACGCACAUCAUUCCAGUUCAUCCUUCUACAGAUGGUUAUGAUGUUCAGAAGUUAGUGGUUGAUACGCACUCCUUUCCGGGUACUAACAGUACCAACAAGAUGGUCUUUAUGUUUUCUCAUUCCAACGGCUUCCAUAAAGAAUCCCUUCAUCCCCUUAUGAAGCGGUUGGUUGACAGUCUCAGAACCAUCAAGGCCUAUGACCAAACUGAUCUUUUGCUCGUCUCUUGGGAUGCUCGUAACCAUGGAGACUCAGCCAGACUGAAUCAAGGCACUUUUUUGAACUCAUAUCGUUGGUUUGAUAAUGCCAUGGAUACCAAGCAAGUGGUGGAUCAAUUGAAACUAAAGGACCAUUUGCUUAUUUUAGUGGGUCAUUCGUUUGGUGCGAGUAGUGCUAUUCUUUGCGAAUUCUUUUUCCCCAACACGUUUGAUGGAUUAUGUGUGAUUGAGCCUGUGAUGUCGAAUAUUUUUUUAGAUGCUAAAUUGGCAAGUCAAGUGCCUGUGCUUGCUUCCUUAAGACGCCGUGAUGAAUGGCCAACAAGAGAAGCAUGUCGUGCAUCUUUAUUGACCAAGAAGUUCUUUCAGUUGUUACAUCCUGAAGUACUUGAUCUUUAUGUGGAAUAUGGCAUGUAUGACACUGAACAAGGCACUGUAAAACUCAAGUGUCCUAGAGAACAAGAAUAUCAUGUAUUUAGAUACGCUACUUAUGAUACCAACACAGCACGUAGAUCACUUGCUUUGAUUAAAGUGCCUAUUCACUUUGUUUAUGCUUUGGGAUCUAGUUUUGUGCGUCGUCAAGAUGCCGCUAGUGUCAUCAAUCUCAACAAGGAUAGAAUCACACUCGAGUUUGUUGAAGGCACUCAUAUGGCUCCUAACGAAACACCCGAUAUUAUUGUGCCACAUAUCUUGAAGACCAUCAAAAGGGUCCAUAAGGAAAAGACAAACAUAUCUAGACUUUAA